GACAACCAGCCCACUUGCCAAGCCCAACCCACGAGAGACCCAAUUGACGAAAGCGAUACAGGCCGCAGCUCUCCUGUUGUGCAAAGAAAAGCAAGAAGGAUUGAGACACAGCGGAGGCGGCAAGACAACUACGUAGGGAGAACGAACGAACCUGCGUCGGCAUCGGAGCCGACAGAUAGCGAUCGUGCACACAUUCGCCCACCAUGCCUCAGGACAUGCCACCUGUGGGCGGGUAUGACCCCGUCCAGUACAAGCGUAAUCUCCCAGCCCGGGGUUUCAAGCCCGCGACACUCCUUGCCAUCGGCGGCAGCGUGAUGCUCUACGGAUGGUACAAAUACGGCAAGGGUGCCAGAGAACAACGAGAACUCGCCCGCGAGAAAAUGUGGUCCCGCAUCCACCUGAUCCCCGUCCUGCAGGCCGAGGAGGACCGCGACCAGGUUCGUCGGUAUCUGGCCGACCAGGCCCGCGAGAAGGAGCUUAUGGGCGACAACUUCAAGCCUUACCAUAGCGACCGCUUUGUGAAGCCUACCUUUGCCAUUACGCCCGAGAAGACGAAAUAAGGGUUGAGGGAUUCUGCUUCGGAAGAGGGGGGGGGGGUGGGGACGCUUGAAGUGUUGAGGCCAAGGAAAAGAAAAGGGAUGAGAUGGCAACGGGAGAGCAACGCGGUAGACUUAGAGAUACCGUCUGGCCGGGUUGUGGUGGAAGGGUAUCCGACAAAGAGACAACGGAUCGGGGAGGAAGGAUUACGUGUGAGAGGGCCAUGAACGAGGGCAGGCUAGGGAAUUCAAGAGGCCGGCAGGUAUUCCAAUGGCCCAGGUUCCAACCUUGGAGGCCACGUCCUACGAUGGCACAGGUAUAGGCGCAGACAGGCUAUAUAAAAGACAAACAUGAACGAAAUCAAAUUCAAAGUGCUCGAC